AUGAAGUGCAAUAUAUUAUCAUGUCUAUUAUUUGCUAUGGUCUUCUUGUCGAUCAUGACAACAAAAAUGAUGAUGGUUAAUGCUUAUCCAUCAAAUGGUACUUCUGUUACCUGUAGUUGUCGCUGUUUAAACUGGUCUGAAUUUAGCACCCCAUCAGAACCAAUGGCUAGUUGUGAUACCUGCAAUGCUGCUGCUUGUCGAAAAAUGGGAGGCAGUUGUACAAGUGGUACUAUAACUGGAAUUAGUUGCACUUAA